UGAAGAACAUAUGAUUAAGUCUGCACUGCGUUUAUUUUAUUUUCAGAUUUGAAUAUAUAAGUUAUUACAAGUGGUGUAUGGUUACAGUGUUGAAUAAAAGAGGCAUUUGCGUAGAGAGGAUUUGAUCACUAAUUGUUAAAAACUUGGACUUUGCAUUGAAUUUGGAAUACGCUGAGUAAAAUGAUGUCUCACACACGCUAAAUAUGACAUAUUUCUUAUAAGCAUAAUAAUAAUAAUUAUAAUAAUGGUAAUAUAGAGCUCAAAACGCACAAUGAUACUACUAAGUUACGAGCAUUCCAUUAUUUUUUUUGGGGCUAACAAUCAGGUGUGGAAACUGACAUUGAUUAAAUUACAUUUAAAACUACUAUUAGAUAAUAGUAAUAAAUGUACACUAAUCUUAAAAUGAUUAUUCGUUUUAUCCAGUAACUUGAUGGUAUGAAAAAGGUCCUUUUCAAAAAAUUUCUUUUCAAAUGUUCACACGAUCUUAUCAAAUGGUUGUUUUUUAUCUUAAGAAUACCAUGCUUUUAAACAUUGAAUUCUCGCACAGUAAAACUCUUUCUCACAAUUGGUAUUGUGAUUUACUCAUUACAUGAAAUUGAGGCCGGUUUUUAUAACAAUAAUCUUUAGAGAUUAUUUUUAUUUUUUAUUCUUAUAUAAAUUCUUAUAAACUAUUAAUGCCAUGAUCUUUUGUUGAUUUUUUAUUUAUUUCUGAUGGAACGUAAUAAAUUCCCGUCAAUCUUUUUCUUUUUUUUUUUUUGUUCUCAUCGAAUCGUCCUUUUUACUUUAAUUGUUGUUGAUUCUUAAUGAUAUUUAAUAUUGUUUUUCUUUAAUAUAUUCAUUCAAAUUAUAUAUCAGGUUUAUGUUACUUGCAAUGGGAUUACUGUUUUUGUUGCAAAAGUAGAUGGUCAUGAAUACACUCUAAGAAAUUCUUAAAAGUUUAAUCUACACAAGAUACAUGAUAUUGUUGUUUUUUUUUGGUGUGAGUAUGAACACCCACUUUUUAAAAAAUAUUUUUUAUUUUUUUUUUUCAAUCCUUUUUAUGUAUUUUUUUUGGCCUUCUUUUCCAGCAAAACAUAUAUCUUCCCAGUAAUAUGUCUCGAUUAUGAUAAUUACGAAUUAUUAAAAUGUUAUAAUUUUUUUUUUUGUUAGUAGACACACCGAGCAUUUUCAUGAUUCUAUCUAUGCACAAACGUGUAAUUUUUUAAAUACUUUAUUAACCACAUAAGCAAUAUUAUUCGAUGUUUAGAUAUUAUGUUUAAAAGCUGGUUUUUUUUAUACUCAUCAUAUCAAAAACUACCCUCUUUUAACUUUUUAUCAUUUUCAAAAUUAUUUUUUCUCUCCAUGAAACACUUAAAAUCAUCAUAACUCUCCCUCUAACAUUUAUGCUUUCAGAGACUGACAAAAAUUUAAGAUUAAAGUCGUCAGAGUACCAUUUUGGACUGCGUGAAUCAUGGUGACAAACAAUUCACGGAUUUAUUAUUAGUCAAAUGGUUCACGAAUCUUAAAUAUUUCCUUCAAUAUGCUCCACCUACGGAUAAUCUAUUUAAAGUUGGUUCUUUCGCAUCUGAUUCUUAGUUUUUGAAGAACCUACAAGCAGCUCACUACUUUCACAUCUUUACCACAUAAUGUCGGUGGUACCGCUUUUUUUUCACAAUUGGUGGGAUGACUUCGAUCGCCCUAUCUCUAGACUUAUCGAUCAACAUUUUGGGAGCGGUUUAACUCGAGACGACUUAUUCUCUGAUAUUUCAUCAUGGAGCUUCAAUAGACCUCGUUCUUUAUUCUCGACUCCGUCUUACUAUCGGCCGUGGCGAACACUCGCGACCACUAAAUCUGGAGGUGUAAGCACUAUCCAGUGUGAUCAGAAUAAAUUUGAAGUGAUACUAGACGUUCAACAAUUCUCGCCAGAUGAAAUAAUUGUCAAAACAGUUGACAACAAUAUUAUAGUGGAGGCGAAACACGAAGAAAGAAAGGACGAGCACGGAUUUAUCACCAGGCACUUUAUCAGAAGAUAUAUUCUUCCCUCGUCUCACGACCCACUGCAAGUUACCUCGAGUCUUUCUUCUGAUGGAGUUCUCACUAUUACGGCGCCAAAAAAGAGGUUAACGCCAUCUUCGAAUGAGAGAAUCGUCAACAUUGUUAAGAUUGGAGAACCGGUAUCGAAGCCUGAAGCAGUGAAAACCGAAGAAACACACCGUAUAAUCACGACCGAAGAAAACUAAACAAUUAAUUU